AUGUCUGGAGCGGAGAAGGCUCCCACGGUGGCGGAGGAUGCCGACGCCGCAGCGACCGCGACGUACGAGAGGAAGCUACAAAAGUUCCAAGAAAAGAAUGGCAAACUCUACACGCGGCUUCUGCUGGCUACGUCGGACUGCCCGGAAGGAUACUCGAGCCCGGCUUCGCAGGUAGUGCAGUCGUUUGGGCCUGUCGGGGACGAGGAGUUCGGUGACGGUCGAAGUGCUUUUGUAGCGCUCGAGCAAAAGUACCGUGUCGAUGGGACUUUCAGAAUGCAGCAGCUACACGAUGAGUUGGCCGCCGUCGCGGUCACCGCUGCUGACAAGUACGAUCCGGCUCGCGCAAUCCAACAAUUGCGCCGCAUCUUUCACGAACUCGGCAAACUCGGAGACACAGUCGUGAAACAACGGCAAGCACAUGCCAUCCUAAAGGCCCUGCCCGACAAGCAAUACGGCUCGUUCAAGACUGUACUGUUGGUAGAGUCGCCCACUGUUGGUAGCGGUGCGCUAGGCUUCGACGAUAUCGCACGUCGUGCCACACUCUACCACGCAAUGCAAAUUCGCGGAAAAGUGCUCGACCAAGACGAUGGGUCGGGCGGCCACGGCCGUGCGUUGAACACUGUCACGCACGGAGGGGCACGUGGCUUCCGCAAGCACGGCGGCCGUGGUGGUCGUGGUGGUCGCCGAGGAAAUGGCGGCAGAACUACAAACGGUUCGACGAACGGCUCGUCGAAUGGGAACUACAGCAGCGGCGGCGGAUCGGCCGGCAACGCUGGAGGCGGCAGCGCGGGAAAUGCGCAAGGUGCUCGCGGGAAUUAUCGCGGCAACAACGCCUCCGGUGGCCGAGGUAAGGGCCAGGACACCGGUCGGAACCGAAAAGGGCGCUGCCGCUACUGUCAUAAUUCGACAGAGCACGGAUGGCACAACUGCCCGCUCCGCCUGAGGCACGAGGCGGAGGAAGCCACUGAACAGGCUGAUACUCACCACACUCAAGACUCCACCACUCAGGCAUGGUUCACGCGGGUGGAGACUGAAGGCGAUGUGCUGGAGGACUACGCCAUCUCUUUCGGAAAAGACGUGCAGGUGCAGGAUGCGCCUGCUGCGGCGCAGCCAGAGGAGCGCGCUGCUGGUGACACGCUGGUGCAAGACGCGCCGGUGCCGACGCUGCAGGAUGCACGCGUUGUGUAUGACCCGCAGGUACUGGACACACCUGCUGCAGCGGUGGUCUAUGACCCUGCUGCCAACGGAUAUUCUCAGACGGAGGAGGCGCCUGAGGACACCGAGCUCGUUGCGUUCAGCAGCGUGUUUCAGGUGGACAAAGAGAAACCGCAGGUCGUUGAUGAUUCCGCCUGCUACAUUGAUUCCGCCGCGUCCAGCCACAUGGUGGAUGAGCAGUCUCGCUUGUCCCAUCACGUCCUCAAUCCGGUAGAUUGCGCUGUGCGCAUUAUCGGGUCGUGUGGCACAUCCGACGCAACCAAGAAAGGUACCCUGAAGUUUGGGGUGCGCAAUGAUCAAGACCAAGUCGUGCGAGUAGCUCUGGAGGUUCUGCUGGUUCGGGGCCUUGGAGCGAACAUACUUUCGGUUGGAGCGCUGGCCGAGAAGGGGGUGAUGUGUGAUCUGAUGUCUACCCCGCCGGCGCUUCGCAUGGGCAACCAGGUCUUUCCGAUCUCGACCGCAGUGCCUCGCAUGUACGUGCUGAAUGUCAUCAUCGACGACGUCAACCUGGGCGCUGUAGAAGUAAAUCGCACGAAGGUAGACGCUCACCUGUGGCACCGGAGGAUGGGCCACUGCAACUCGCGAGCGCUGCAGCAGCUGGCGGACAAGGACACUACCGGAAUCAGGUUCAAUCGCAACAUCGAACCAGGUGACUGCGGUGUUUGUGCGGUUGGUGACAGUAAGAAGGGCAGCCACCCCCCGUCUAACCGUCCCCUCUCGGAGACUCGGCUGGAAAUUCUAAAUGCCGAUACGUGGGGGAAACAUCCUAUUGCUACAUACGGGGGUUGCCAGAGUGCCGUGAUGUUUACUGAUGACGCUACUCGCAUGAGGUUCGGCUACCUACUCAAGACGAAAGACGAAACGACCGAAGCUCUUCAAAAUCUGGUUCGGGACGAGGCCGACCCGCUUGGUCAGAGCAUCGGCAAGGUGCACUGCGACGGGGGAGCGGAGUAUUUGGGCAAGUUUCUGGCGCUAUGUAAGUCGCUCGGAAUCAAGCUCACGAAUAGCCCCCCCUAUGUCCCGCAAGGGAACCCCAUCGCCGAGCGUGGAUUUGGUACCAUCAUCGGCACUGCCCGCAAGCUUCUCUUGGGAGCACCGCACCUUCCUCAACAGCUGUGGGGGGAGGCUUUCAUGACUGCAAUCUACCUCAAGAAUCGGACCCCGACCGAAGUCCUGGGCGGCAAGGCACCACUCGAGGUAUGGGAGGGGAAGCCGCUCGGAAAGAUGCUUCACAUCCACGAGUGGGGGUCGCUGGCUUUUAAGCACGAAGAGGUACGCGCCCGGUCGAACAAGUUGGCGGCCAGGGCCAAGAAAAUGUACCUAGUAGGCUACAACUCCAAGGGUAGGUCGUAUCGACUUUGGGAGCCUUCGGAGCCUCUCAAAAUCACCAACUCCGUGGAGGUAUCAUUCCGUGAGAAGGAGAUGCGCGACGUGAUCAAGCCCAAACUAGGGCAAGAUCCUCUCCCCGCGCCUAACUCAACAUUCUAUCGGCCUGGUCUGGUAGACUCUAUCGAAGAAGAAGAAGAAAAUAACGAAGAAUCAUCCGACGAAUCGGAGCCGGAAGCACCGGCACCUCGCCGCAGCAGCAGGAACUCCGUGGCGCCGCAACGGUUGAAUCUGUUUACGAAAGAACAGGCGUACGAGAGGACCGAACAUGCUAUGGUGACUGGAAGUGACUUCGGCAACCUCGGGAGAGGCAGUCCCGGGGAGGUGGGCUACAUGCCUGCCGAUCCUGCCACCUACGAUGAAGCGAUGAGUGGACCGGAUGCAGCACGCUGGAGAGCGAGCAUGAACGAUGAAGAGCAGUCGCUCUACGACCACGACGUGUUCGACUGGGUGCUUCCGCCCGAAGACGCCCAACUUCUUCCGACUAGGUUCCACUACAGCUUCUAGGAAUGUAGCCAGCUUCUAGGAAUGUAGUCACCUCCCCUCUUCGUAAUCUUAAGAGUUGAAUGUUGAAGGAAGCUCGGGAGAUCUGUGUAAGAGGAAUGUUUUCGCUGCUUGUUGAAAUGGCAGGUGCAGACAGUCCAGGCGUCUGUGUGUGGAUAAUAAAUCACUCUUUUUGUUUUCUCUACCAAGCCUCUACCACAUACGCCAACCAGCGUACUACAGCUGUGGUACCGCCCAACAAUACCAAGGAGCGUUGUCUUCUCUCUUUACACGCUAUUAUUGCGCGGCUCAGCCCGACAUGAAUACGAGACACAGAGAGCGUGUAUACACAAGAUGGAGGGCCGAAAACUGUGACUCGAACCCAAAUCUCGGCCACAUGACGACAAUACUUUAUAUGGUACCCGCGAUUCAGCCCCAAUAUGAUUGUUGCGGGAACAGAAUGCAUGUAUAGAUGCGGCCAACUGCAUGUAUCGAAGAGGUUUCGGGGUCCACGGGAUCACGCUUCGAGGAGCCAGCCUCGCCCGAGUCGCAACUGAGGAAGCAAGCUGCAUGCUGUUGCUGCAUGCAUGCUGACUACUCCGCACGAGAAAGCGUAGUGGUUGCUCCUUUGCCCUUGUCUCUCCUGACUAAAAAAUGCGGUGAAGUCAUUGACGCGUUGAGGCGGUACGGUUGCAGAGGAAUUGUUGAAGAAAAAGGUGGCACCGCUGCAGAGGAGUUGAUGAAGAAAAUUCGAUACGGUUCAUCAUGCGCACGGAGAACAUCGACCAGGGCCACCCGCUUGAUCGUCACACGAGAGAAUGAUGGUGUGCAGAGUACUGUAGUUUCCUACGAGGAUCAAAGACGAGCUACACACGACAAAGCUCUCACCUUGACCCGUCUACUGGAGCGUAAAAGGCGUGUCCCUCUCUGGUGCUAUUGCGUGUUGCCCGCUACCCAGAAAUGAACCGAAUGAUCGAUGCUCAUGAUGUGCGCCGAAGAACAAGAAAGAGCAGAGGCAGUACGAGAACAACAACGAGUGUGUAAGAAUUCAAUGUUCAUGCGAAACGCCAGAAAACGCCUUGUCAAUCCGAGAAACCGAUACCCCCCUCCUCCGAUACCAUCUGCGGGGCAUGCACCCCUCUGACUGCCGGCAAUUGCAGUACGUAGCAGCUUCAGUGGUAUUUGCGAGAGGUUCCGCCGCACCCUUGGUUUUGGCACCCUUUUCCGAUGAUGCGUUGCCAAUUGUCCACCGUUUCUCGUUGUAGAACAACCCACGGGUCGCCACUGAUUGUCUGAAGCCACGAAGCUAUCAAAUGGUAGAAAGGGUAAGGUGUGUGUUGCGCUAACGCAAAAAAAGACGCCCAAAUUUAUACGAAAAGAGAGAUGGAGGCUUUUCGGUAUUGCGGGAUUUCCCGUAAAUCAUCCCCCCGUCAACGGUCGCACACCUCAGCGUCGAUACCACGCCCUACCAGCCCCCAACACGCCACGAGUGUGGAGAAUACUGCUUCCUAUCUACUGUGUGAGAGCUGGUACUCUUUUGGAGGGUAAUCGAGAGCGCACUGCUGUAUAUGGCCGCCGGAGCUACGUGCGUGGUCUAUCCCAAGCAGGCAGAGGUCGGUGCGAGCGAGUGCACCAAGCUUAGUUGCAACGCUCUGUUACGCUCCAGUAGAGGGUGGAAACUAGAGUUUAGGUCCCUGGCUUUCGAGAGAAUACAUUGUUGGGUGUUGUUUAAAUCGCGGGUUGGUGGAGAAAUUGGCGUUGAAGGUGGGUGUCCAGCCACCAUUUCCCGCCAUUUUGCGGUAUGACCAAAUUAGCAGCUUGCGGUCGCGUUGUGCAUGGGAGGGUGAAUGCACCAGGAGAAACUCCUGCCUGUUUCGCCUGUGGUAGACCAGGUACUCGCGAUGAUGGUGGUGGAGGUUGGAAGCACGUGUGCAGCACACCGUAUUGGUCGGCAAUCGUAGAAUGGUCUGCGGAAGUAGGCAGUAAGUGGAGGCACGAACGAAAUCUACAGAGCGACCCUCCGGCGGCAGGGGAGUGCUUGUGCGCGCGCGCGGAUUGCGUGUACAGGAUGUACUCCCUUUUCCGCUUAGGGAGAGCCAAAGACAAAAAGGGCUCCUGGGAUAUCAUGAGCGUGGGCCAGUCAUCUCCUACGGGGCGCUACCCGUCCACCCCGAAGCAGGUGGAGGCCCUGCUGUCGAAUGUGAACUUGGCAGGAGGGGUGCUGGAUGCGUGUGGGGCGGAAAGCGAUGCUAUUAAGGUGGUCCUGGAAGGUCAUGGCUUAAACGUCUCCACGAACGAUUGCGAUCGCCGGUUGACAGCGGAUACCCAUUUGGACGCGACGUCGGAGGAGUUCACGGCGAUGUUUAGUACCGAGGGGGCGCGUCCUGAUUGGAUCGUUACGAGCCCACCCUACGGCAAAGCUUUCAGCAUCUUAGUCCGGGCGUUGGGGGUAGCACGAGUAGGCGUGGCGUUCAAGCUCAGGCUGUCGUUCCUAGAGCCCACCAAGACACGGGGGAAGUGGCUGAAAGACAACCCCCCGAGUGCGGUGGUUGUACUUCCGCGCUCGAAGUACCGCGGCCGCAUGUGCGCAUGUACAGAGGCGUGGUUCGUUUGGCACCGCGUUAUAGACGACCUGCAACCUACGAGGCAGGCGUUCUUUUUCGAUGCCGGCAGCUGAACUUUCUUCUCUUGUGCGAUAGUGUGUGCCGGUAGUUGUUUGGGUGUUGAUUUUUUUUAAUGAUGGGGUGAUGUGCACGGGUCGGCAGCGAUAUGAAGCGAGGUGUGGACUACUACUUGUUGUCGCCCUAAUUAUGAGAAUGAUAAUCCGCGGCCAUCUUCGGCCCAUGUAUUGGCGUCAGUCCCUCCGAUGAAGAGGCUAGACGUUUACUACAUUGCAUGGUAUCUAGAGAACUGCACAUCUUCGGUGAUUUUCUGGCCAAGUAUAACCAACCGGUAAAUGUCAUAAUAUUGCGGGGCGGCAUGCCGUUGUCAAACGACUGCUGAAUAAAAUGCGAUAACGUUCGGGGUUGUUGUAAACCAAGUCCCGAAUGACACAGAAAGUGGGGCAAACGUCGCCAAUAGUGCGUCGCACAACCAACCCACGAACGCGUCUCCCAAACAACGACGUCAAAUAUCUUCGGCCAAGCACGCACAUCAGCAACAAACGCGAAAGUCCACUCAUGCAGACGAGACACCACGGUACACUUCGAAAAGUCUGAAAUAGGCUGACAUCCACAUCACGGUCGACACAACACAUUACCAGCGGUCUAGCGCCCCCCCCCCACAGCCCACGUCGUCUGCGACC